AUGUCUUUCAGACAGUUCAGUGUCGUUUUAACUGCUUUGCGACAUCGCGGCCAAUUUACUUUAUUCUGGAGGCGGCUUUUUCGGCGUAUUCAAAUCUGGUACCAUAUCGAAAUGUCUAUGAAUCAAAGUCAUUCCGCAAACGGCAAUGGUGUCAUUCUUUUUUAUGGAGAAAGGAUGUUAAUUUAUUACGAUGGAUGUCAUGUAGAACUCGAGGGUCAGUUUCUCAAGUUUUCACAUAUGGGACGUUUGUACCUGACUUCACAUAGAGUGAUUUUUAUCAACAAAAAAGCGUCAUCAGGCGUACUAUCAUUCAGUAUGCCAUUUGUUAAUAUGAAAGAGGUUGACAUUAAACAACCUGUGUUUGGUGCGAAUCGUGUAGAAGGCAUAAUUACGGCUGAACCGAAUGGUGGCUGGCAGGGUGAAGCGAAAUUCUCACUAACAUUCAAAAAAGGUGGGGCAAUUGAAUUUGGCACAACGUUAAUCGAACUAGGCAGACGUGCAUGUUCUGCAAAACAACAUUUCAAACCGCCAAAUGCAUAUUCAUCUGUAGCAGAUAUGAAUGGUGCAGGUCAGUAUUAUGCUUGUCCACCACCAGCUUAUUCCGCGCCUUACAAUGAUCCAUACUAUGGAUUUGUACGACCACAUGAAGCAUUCACUGUACCUCAAGCAGAAACACUCUACCAAGUCAGAGCACCACCUCCAUAUCCUGGUGCAACACCUACCACAAUGGUUAAUGAUUUUGGACCUACUGGUACAAGUCAGUACACAACACCUUAUCCUACUACCUCGACAACUAUAGGAGGGAAUACACCAUAUCCAGUUACCAACUCAAAAUAUGAAUCUAAAUCGAAUGAAGCUGUUGCAUUCAAUGGUCCUGCCAAUGUUGUAAGUGGAGGUUACUACUUUCCAGAAGAUCCUUUUAGUGUAUAUGUACAACCUAGUGCUCCAAAUUAUCCAGGCAACCCCCCAUCUUAUCCGGGUAACACUCAAGAUAAUCAUAAUCAGCCACCUCCCUAUCCAACUGAAAACUACAGCCAGCAACAAAACGCUUCUAAGAAAAAUCAGUAAUUAAGCUUGAUUUUAUUUACCUCAUCUCUUUAUAUUGAGGCAAAUGAUAUCAUCUGGUCAUUAUUGAGGAAUUGUGCUAAAAUGUCUGUCAUAUUUUUCAACAAUUUUCUGAUUCAUAUUAACAAUUCGGCAUAAUGUGAUGGUUACUUUCUUUUCGAUUCUUAUUUGAACUCAAUUAUUUUUUGAUUCAUACAGAAACAUCGUUUUGGUUGUUUUCUUCUCGCUUAAAUAAAUUAUCUGAUACCUUGAAUUUAUCUUUGAGUUUUAACGGUGUCUGUCCAUAAUUAUUCGUAAUGGUUCUCCAGAAUUAUAAGUACCAUAAACGACAGGUGGUUGUUUAAUUUCUCAGCUAAUCUAAGGCAGAAUAAGCACAGACCGACAGACUUACCGGACAUUCAGAGUUUCUUUUUGUGUACAGGAUCUUUGAUGAAAAAAUAUGAAACUGCAAACGAAACAGUGAUAGGAUAUUUGAAUUGGUCAAGGUUUUGUAUCAAAUGGUAAAAAUAAAUUUCUCGAAGAGAAAAUGUUUCCUUAGGUACGGAUAUGGUCUUUGAUAAUUCAAGUUCGUGCUGUCCACGGUGGUGUUACUUCAGAUCCAAACAACAAGCUAAUAUUCAGGCCCUCAAAAAGUUACACCGCUUGUUUGGUCGUCCAGUUUAAUUUCCUGGCUGGCGAGUUUUGUUUCACAUAACUGAGAAUACUGGUCAAAUCGCUAGAACUAACGACUGUAUAGUCUAAAAUGUACCUAGCGAGCGGUUCGGAUUUACUUGACAAUAAUAAUCUGUUUGAUAUGAAAGGCAGAAGGUUAAAAAAGCUGAUGACCUACCUAUCACCACUAUAUUAGAUGCACGGAUGAAUGUUUUCAAAGGCGCGCCCGUCAAUUCUGAUGUGACCUUACUAAUCUCUCACUAAUAACGAGGAAUAUCCAGUUUCCACUGACAGAUUGGAAUACUUCACAAGUUGCGUCCUAUCUUUCUAGUAGGCAACCGUAAUAACAAAUCUGACAACCAUUGUAUUACCGGAGGUGGACUACCGCGCACUAGGUCUAGCUGUCUUGAUCAAGUGCUCUCGUCCUGUUCGCUUCAACUGAAGCAUAUGUUGAUUCAUUUAUAAACAGGACUUGUGAAAGAGUUACAAAUUAGGAAUGAUUGUAACCUACCGGAAUUUCUGUAAACAUCAAAAGGUUUCCAUUUCCGUGAUAGGCGUAUACAAGCUUUCCUUUUUCUACCUUCUUUAAAUAAAGAAACAACACAAUGAAAGAGGUAUUAGGUAUUCUGGAUAUCAGCAGCUAUUUCUUUACCAGGUAGGAGAUUGGUUGAUUGGGAUGUGAAAAAUAACUCGACGAAAAUUAGGACCCUGGAAGAGAACGUUGUUCUAAGGACUAACCAGCUAAAUGAAAAAAUUAAUUAAUCAGUAGUGAAAGGUAUGAGAAGACGGGAGUGCAAGAGUAAAAGGGGGACCGAGACAAUGAAAAGCGAUAUGGGGGUAGUUUGGUGAUUCGUAAUAAUGAUAUCAUCAGGUAGGUUGAGAGACAUGGAUAAGGCAAAGCUGAUCCAUGCGAGAGACAAUCAUUCACGGGUGUGUAGGUGUUUAUCAAAUAUUUUCUUAAGGCUGUGCUCUGAGGGGACUGUGGUCGUUUCAUCUGGGAGAGCAUUCCAAAUGGAGACGACACUUUCCGAAAAUGUGAAAGCGUACCUGGAGUUUCACUCUCUGAUUUUCGAUCUUUUAGGAGUUGCUCCGAUUGGUGUAAUGAUGACGUCCUAGUAAUAUGCCUUGUUGGGGUGACUUGGCAUAUUUAAUAUGCUGUAUGUUAUUAUCAGAUCAAUCUUACUCUGAAAUAGCUUAUCGAGAAUAAUCCCAGGUGCUGGAGUAUUUUUUCAUGACAUUUAUUUCUUGGUCCCUUGACCUACUUACUUGGCAGUCUCUGUUACUGAUCUGGGGGGUUUACAUCUCUUUUGAAGUUAUAUGGAGCAACAACGUUGUGAACUUCCAGCUCUACGUUAUAAAGUGUUGUUAACAAUUCUGGGGUGACCCCUACAAGUUUUCCCCGCAUAAAAUGAAGCGUUGCGUUUGGCCUCACCGCAUGUAUUUUGAGCUAAUGUUCCAGCUCUCUGAUGUUACUAACCCAAGAUCAGGCUCUUAAGCGACAACCGUGAGUGAAUUCUAACUGAGAACGUGAGAGUUUUUUGUCAGAAUGUCUGUAACAUGACAUUUUGACGAAUUUAGCUGCAAUUGAAUGUCUAAUGUUCAUUCCUCUAAUGUUUUAAGGUCCUUUUGCAUUUUUUGUAACCUGGCAUAUUACUCUGAUUACUCCGAUAUUACUCCGAAUAUGAAUAUGCUAUGAAUAUAAAUCUUCUACUUGACAAUAUAUUCUAAAACUAGACUAAUCUAGUUUGUGCUACCGCAGUAAUAAGAAACCAUAUACCGAUUGAAUUGGAUGAAUUUAUCUAAGGUACUCAUUCACUCAGAUGGACAUUAAAACUAUGAAACGAGAAGUCGAAAUAAAAUGGGGAGGGCAAGUGUGUUUGUAGGUUCCUGGUUUAAUUGGUCAGCGGAGCUGGUAUUAAAGACUUCUUCCAUCCCUAGGUUGGCGAAAUCCUCAUUAUCAGGCCCUGGUCUGAAGGUUUUCACUUAUUCGUAAACCUAAAGGUGCAUUUUAUAUUAGCUUGUAUUUGACUGCUAGCUUGGCUUGGAAAUACCUCCUACCUCUUCGAACUUUGGCCUUGAGUCUGUUUCUCAAUACCAAGUAAGGGGUGUAGUCAUAAUCCUUUAGGUAUACUUGCCACUUGCAUCGAGCCCUCCUUUUUCCUCGUGUUCCGAGCGUCGUUCUACCAAGAAUCUCUUUCUUAGUGUGCAUUAUGUUUGAAAUAUAUUGUGUAAAACAUUAUACCUGUGUAAUCGAAUUGUGAUUACCAAUUGUAGCGUGGCGUCGAGUUGAGAUUAACUAUGAACACCGCUACCAAGAUACACGUGCCAAUUAGAUCAGAAGGCGUAAGAAGCUCGUUCCAAAUGACUCCAUAAAAUCCCCGAGAAGCCAAAUAUCAGAAGGCAAUUAAUGGACCAAGUCGAGGUUUAUUAGCUGGCGAUCUCGUGGCAUCGAAAGGAUACCGAGAUCGUGCCAGGAUACAACCUUGGUUACAGAAGGUAACCGAAUUCGCGCGAAGUUACAAUCAAAGUGUAAGUAAGUGAAUGGAAGCACAAAAUAGCUGUCAUUAGCACAGUCAAACAAAAGCACAUUAAAACAAACACUGGUACAGUUGGUUAUAAUAAUAAUUGUUUUUAUUAAACCAGUCGUGUUCUCGUGAUAAACGUGAGUCACUACAGGAGCCCCCCGCUAGAAAGGGUUCACACUUUCGAUAAAAAGCGGUUUGAAUCGUGGGACUGAUCGGCUGACGAGCGAUUGUAGGACGGAAGAAUUGGCGAACAGGAAAGCGAUCGUUGAUCGUCGAGUUGCCAACGAAGGUCGUUUUCGGAGAACGGUACCAGGAGCGAUGUGUUGUAUUUAUUGCUUGAGUUGGCAUGCUACACCAGAGUGGUUUGUAUCCAGAAUCUGAAGAGGGCGUUCGUAGGGGUGCGCACCAGAAACGCUGCAGACGAAGGACGAAACCACGUUGAGCCGAAAGACCAUAAGCGACCGUAACGACCAAGUUCGAGACCAAGCGUAUGCCAAGCAUUCGAAACCAAUAUAUCGACUGAGUACGUUGACAAGAGCGUGGGUGAUCAGGCCAGCUUUCGCCAAAGUUGACUGGAGUCGACGGAACCAAACGGAGAUGGUCGAAGGCGUGGGCUCAGGAAACAAAAAGAAAAUCAAAAAAGAAGAGUGUAGCAUACGUGUAGUAUAGGAAUAAUCCUACACCGUAUCGGUUAUUGACUGUGCGACUAUUCGCGGAAGCGUACGGGUAACCGUACUCGGCGACCGGAACGUGAGACGAUAGUCUCGUUCGCGUCGCGUGAGCCUGCAAUCUCAUCCGAGGUCAGAGGCGGCGUGGUCUGCUGAUCUGGACGUGAGACUGUCGUCUCGUCCGUAGACGGUGCAGAUGACGCGUGCUGUUGACCGGGACGUGAGAAUGAGGUCUCAGAUGCAUCUAGCGUGGGACCUGAAGAAGAUUUAAGGAUCCCGCUAGGUUUAAUAGGUCUAGCAUUGAAUCUCAGGUUACCAGAUAGGGCACUGUCAUCGACGUGUGCUGGUUUGAGACGAUCAACGCUGACGAUCUCGACGCGUCCAUGUCGAUCAACCUUGAAGGUCUUUUCGUGACGAGCGAUCACGUGAAAAGGGCCUUCGUAAGGUUGUUGCCAAGGUUUGCGUACCGAAUCUACUCGUACAAAAACAUGUGAACAGGUAGAUAACUCUCGAGGGAGAGCGACCUGUCGAUGUUGUAUUCGAGUUGACACCGGAGACAGCGUUCACAUAAAUGCAGACAGUCGACGGACGUUGUCUGAUUUACCGAAAUUAGGUCUGCUCCGUGGUGUGAAGGAUUCUCCGGGCAGACGCAAUGUCGUGCCGUAUACAAGUUCAGUGGCGGAACAUUGGAUAUCUGCCUUUAAGCUCGUUCUCGCCCCUAAAAGAACGAGCGGUAUGGUUUCGUGCCAGUUGCCGUUUUCGUGUGCUCGUAGAACACUUUUAAGUUGGCAGUGAAACCGUUCAACUUAACCAUUUGGUGCUGGGUGGUAGACGGAGAUGCUUAUGCGUAUGCAUUCCGUACCAAGCAGCCGGGUCAGCGAGGAGAAUCGUUAAUAGGGUAACAUUUCUCGAAUAAAGCGUGGAAUUCAUCAUCACGCGAAUAAAAAGUGACAAGGAUUCGGUACACAUACGUGUGAGUCUAUUAUAUUAAUACUAUUCUUAUCGUUAUCCGUCAUGUCGCGUAUAUCAUAUAUUAAAAAAUAUGAAAAUAUACGACAGACGUGGAUAGAUAAAUCAUAGACUCACCGAAUUGGCUUCUUUGGAAGAUUUGACCAGAAGCUGAGGCGUGUUCCAAAAUACGGGUCACCAAAUGUAAUCGAAUUGUGAUUACCAAUUGUAGCGUGGCGUCGAGUUGAGAUUAACUAUGAACACCGCUACCAAGAUACACGUGCCAAUUAGAUCAGAAGGCGUAAGAAGCUCGUUCCAAAUGACUCCAUAAAAUCCCCGAGAAGCCAAAUAUCAGAAGGCAAUUAAUGGACCAAGUCGAGGUUUAUUAGCUGGCGAUCUCGUGGCAUCGAAAGGAUACCGAGAUCGUGCCAGGAUACAACCUUGGUUACAGAAGGUAACCGAAUUCGCGCGAAGUUACAAUCAAAGUGUAAGUAAGUGAAUGGAAGCACAAAAUAGCUGUCAUUAGCACAGUCAAACAAAAGCAC